AGAGAACAAAGACCUCGGAUUCCGAAGAAGCUCGCACGGUUGAGAAGCGCACGAUCCAUUUGCACGAUUGUUUCAGCAUUCGAUCAUCCUGAUCACUCGUGACACUCCGUGCGACUUGCGCGAUUCUGGUUUCUAUCGGCUCAAUUAAAUUGUUUGCUUACACAUGUAGGAGCAAAGGAAAUGAUAACAUUUUAUUGGGGCUUCUCUCGUCCAUGCAGCGGAGAGUUAAAAAUAGUAGCCAGGCACUUUGCUCCGCCGAUUCCGUUUUGCAUGUAUAAUGAAUGAAUUGUUUGUGACGAAACAUGUUAACGCCGCAGAGCAGGAGGAGUUGUUUAUCAAAAAGCUACGCCAAUGCUGCGUGGCGUUCGACUUCAUGGACCCGAUGGCUGAUCUCAAAGGCAAGGAAAUUAAACGGAGUACGCUCAAUGAAUUGGUGGAAUAUAUCACAGCAGGGCGAGGUGUCCUCACCGAGCCCAUCUACCCGGAAACCAUUAAGAUGGUGUCUGCAAAUCUAUUCCGUACAUUGCCACCUAGUGAAAAUCCAGAUUUUGAUCCAGAAGAAGAUGACCCGACCCUGGAGGCGAGUUGGCCCCAUCUUCAGUUGGUCUACGAAGUCUUCCUCCGUUUUCUCGAGUCUUCAGAUUUCCAGCCUGCUAUUGGCAAAAAAGUUAUUGACCAAAAAUUCGUGUUACAGUUAUUGGACUUGUUUGACUCGGAAGACCCCAGGGAAAGAGAUUUCCUGAAAACGGUUUUGCAUCGUAUCUAUGGCAAGUUCCUGGGUCUUAGAGCCUUCAUACGCAAACAAAUUAACAACAUUUUUCUGAGGUUCGUGUACGAAACGGAACAUUUCAACGGGGUUGGUGAACUUCUUGAAAUUUUGGGUAGCAUUAUUAACGGAUUCGCUCUUCCCUUAAAAGUUGAGCACAAGCAAUUUUUGGUUAAGGUGCUGUUACCACUACAUAAAGUGAAAUGUUUAUCGCUCUAUCACGCGCAGUUAGCUUAUUGUGUGGUGCAAUUUUUGGAAAAAGACGCGACUUUAACAGAACCAGUUGUACGAGGCCUCCUUAAGUUCUGGCCUAAAACGUGCAGCCAGAAGGAGGUGAUGUUCCUCGGUGAAAUCGAGGAAAUACUGGACGUUAUAGAACCUAAUCAAUUUGUUAAAAUACAAGAACCUUUAUUCAGGCAAGUCGCACGUUGCGUGUCUUCACCACACUUUCAGGUUGCGGAGAGAGCAUUGUACUUUUGGAAUAACGAGUAUAUAAUGUCUCUAAUUGAAGAAAACAACCAAGUAAUAAUGAAGAUUAUGUUCCCAGCGUUGUACAAAAUUAGCAAGGAGCACUGGAACCAGACGAUCAUAGCUCUUGUUUAUAAUGUUCUAAAGACAUUUAUGGAGAUGAACAGUAAGCUCUUCGACGAACUUACUGCCAACUAUAAGUUGGACAGGCAAAAAGAGAAAAGGAAGGAGAAAGAAAGGGAUGAGAUGUGGAAGAAACUGACCGAAUUAGAACGACGCAACACUCUCGAACGUAAUGCUCUUGCAGCUUCCUCCAAUAAUCCAGUUCCUGCCACUAACACAUCUAUGACGCGAACUCGUCCCUGAGCUGGUGGAAGUACGGUAUCACGCUGCCCGAUUGUUAGCUCUUAGUUUACGUCGAUUGUCCAUAUACUACACGCAAAAAAUUCUUGUUGUUAGUGAAACGAAGUGUCUCACGAAAGCAUUCUUGACAUAAUGUAACUCAUUUUAUUAGUUGUGACCGAAAUGGGAGAAAUGAUGGAAGCAGGGAAAAGAAAUGAAAAAGAGACGAUGCAGAGUUAAUUCACGCAAUUUUAUUCUUCUUUAACAACAAUAACAACAUUAACAACAACAACAACGUGGCGAUUAGUGAAUUCCAAAUAAUUUUAUAUGUGUAAUAUCGGGUAUAUUCACACUUUUGGUUUUUCUUUUCAUUUGGAAACGGCAAAGGGUUUCCAACUGCAUGAUGUACUCAGUGUCAGCACACAACAAUACGACAAUGCGUUAGUCCCUUCCUGACUAAGAUUUCGUUACCGCUCUCGGUAGGAGGGGAUUACAAAUCGUGGUGUAAUAAAUUUCGGAAUGGA